AUGUAUAUUCUUGUCUCCUUUGUUAGUGGACAGCCUUUUACGAAGAGGGCGCCGAAGGCUAAGAAGGAAGUCCCUGCCCCUCCCAAAGCCGAAGCCAAAGCAAAGGCUUUGAAGGCCAAGAAAGCGGUGCUGAAAGGCCUCCGCAGUCACACAAAAAAGAAAAUCCACACGUCACCUACGUUCCGACGACCCAAGACACUGCGUCUGCGGAGGCAGCCCAAAUAUCCUCGAAAGAGUGCCCCUGGGAGAAACAAGCUUGAUCACUAUGCCAUCAUCAAGUUCUUCCUGACCACUGAGUCAGCCAUGAAGAAAACAGAAGACAACACACUUGUGUUCAUUGUGGAUGUCAAGGCCAAUAAGCACCAGAUCAAACAGGCUGUGAAGAAGCUCUACGACAUUGACGUGGCCAAGGUCAACACCUUGAUCAGGCCUGAUGGAGAGAAGGCAUAUGUUCGACUGGCUCCUGACUAUGAUGCUUUGGAUGUUGCCAACAAAAUUGGAAUCAUCUAA